AUGUCCAAUCUGCCUAUUCCUGUCUUUACAUCACUUGGACUCUUUAUAGUAGAUGAGAUUCACUUUGAUGAUGGAAUGUCAAUUCAUGAUAUUCUCGGAGGAGGAGGUACUUUUGGCAUAGUUGGCUCAAGAAUGAUCUUGGGUAAGAGAAUGUCACAGAGAUGCGGAUGGGUGGUAGAUGUCGGUAACGACUGUCCUCCAGAAAUGAUAACUACGCUCAAAUGUUGGAAUACAGGUGCUAUAUUCAGAUACCAUGAAGAUCGGAAAUGCAAUCACGGCUGGAAUAAGUAUGGGACUAACGAUUUUAGACAGUUCAAGUUUACCACCCCUCAAAUUGACAUUACUGUGAAAGAUCUACUCAAUUACAAACAUCUACUGCAGUCAAAAUCGUUUCAUUUUAUUCUAUCGCCUCAAAAUUGUCUCGAUGUUCUUACCAAACUCGAGGAUAAUGCGGAAUCAGACACAAAGCCUGUCAUUGUAUGGGAGCCAGAUCCAGAUGAUUGUACCAAUGAGAUGUUGGAACACUGCCUUCCCGUUUUGAAAAGGAUCGACGUUCUUUCUCCGAAUGCAGCCGAAUGUGCAUCCUUUUUGGGACUUGCAGAACCUGUAGAUCAUGCAGGCUGUGAGAUUGUGGCUCAAAGGUUUUUGCCCCAUAUGUCAAAGAGAUCGGACUCGGCUGUAGUAUUACGAUGCGGGGCUAUGGGAUGUCUAUUACUGACGAGAAGUCUUAGGGAAUGGUUCCCGCCUUACCACCAGGGCUCUAAUUCUAUAGUAGAUCCUACGGGAUGUGGAAAUACGUUUGUAGGGGCCUUUGCAACGGGAAUGGUACUUAGUGGAAGGGAGUUGAAGAUCGCAUGUAUUUGUGGUACAUUGGCAAGCGGCGCUUCCAUUGAACAGCACGGCGUUCCAGGCUUGACGGAUGGAGAACCUGAGUUAUGGAAUGGUAUAAGCAUGAAUACUCGUGCCCAAAGAUACUUGGAGUCACACCCUGAGCUAGAGAUCGAAUACGAGGAAUUCAUAAAGAAGAUAGCACCACCCAACUAA